AUGGAGGAGACCACACCCUUCCAGCCCCUCGGGGCCCACUCCGCCUUUGCAUAUGUGAACAGCACCUUACACCCCUUCAGGGAUCCCUACCAGCACAGAGAAGAGAAUGGAGCCCAACGUGAAUGGAUAGGAGUUCUCUUUGCCGUCCUCUUCGGUCUGGGAUUCCUAUUCGGAGUAAUGGGCAAUGGCCUGGUUAUCUUCAUCGCCAGCUUCCGGAUGACGAAGACCAUGGUCUCUAUCUGGUACCUCAACCUGGCCGUGGCCGACUUCAUCUUUACCUCCUUCCUCUCCAUUGAGGUGGCCUAUGCAGCUCUGAACUUCCAUUGGCCCUUUGGCCGGACACUAUGUAAGAUCCACAGUGCAGUGUCCUUCCUCAACCUCUUCGCCAGCGUCUUCCUCCUCACCGUCAUCAGCGUCGACCGCUGCAUCUCCGUGGCCUGGCCGGUCUGGGCCAAGAACCACCGCUCGCCCCGGCUGGCUUUCUGGGUUGCGGUGGCUGUUUGGCUGGCAGCUCUGGCUCUCAGUGCACCAUAUAUCAUUUUCCGGGACAUUAGGAGCUUCCCACUUCAAGGGGACAUCACCCUCUGCUACAACAACUACAUCCCAAUGGGGAACUUCACUAGCGAGGAGGUGACCACGUUGUGGAAGCAUCGACACCAAGCCAUGGUGCUCACCAGCUUUGUGACUGGGUUCUUGGUGCCGUUUGCCAUCAUCCUGACCUGCUAUGGAGUCAUGGCGGCCAAAUUGAUGAGGAACCAUCUGGUCCACUCUGGCAGGCCCUACAAGAUCAUGGUGGCCGUGGUGACGGCUUUCUUCCUCUGCUGGUUCCCCUACCACCUCUCUACCCUAUUGGCCAUGUCGGCAAAAGGGGUGACUCCAGCAAUACAGGUACUCCUUGAUGUCGCGCUUCCCUUGGCCUACCUGAACAGCUGCCUCAACCCUGUCCUGUAUGCGUUCAUGGGCUGGGGCUGCAAGGACACGCUGUGGCGCUCCAUGGUCUUGGCCUUCCAGAGGGCCUUGGGUGAGGCUGAGGCCCAGGCCACCCUCCCCAGCAAGAGCCAGAACAGCAAUAGAUCAGAGGCAGAAUUGCCCCAAUUAUGA